AUGGCCUCCAGCCAGCUGCACAAGCGGGAUAUGGUCAAACCUGAUCCUUGGCCACCGUGGACGGCCCUGCAUGCCAGGGGACAGUGGGCGAGCAAGGCCGAAUUCCUCCUGGCCGUGGCGGGGCAGAUCAUCGGCCUGGGCAACGUCUGGAGGUUCCCCUACCUCUGCUACAAGAACGGAGGAGGUGUGUUCUUUAUACCCUACCUGUUGUUCCUGGUGCUGUGCGGCAUCCCCCUGUUCCUCAUGGAGACAUCGCUGGGACAGUACACCAGCCUGGGAGGAGUCAGCGCCUGGAGGACCGUCUGUCCAUUAUUUGGAGGACUCGGCUAUGCCAGCCAGGUGAUGAUCCUGCACGGCUGCGUGUACUACAUCGUCAUCCUGGCCUGGGCUCUCUUCUACCUGUCCUACAGCUUCCAGGCGGAGCUGCCCUGGUCGCACUGUAACAACACGUGGAACACUGAGGCGUGUGUCCCUGUUCGCACCACCGCAACCCAGACAGCCAAUGGGAGCAGCCUGCCUGAGAACGCCACCUCUCCCGUCAUUGAGUUUUGGGAGCGUGAGGUGCUCCGUCUCUCCAGGCAGUUUACGAGCUGGGGCCCGAUCAGCUGGAAGCUGGCUCUGUGCCUCGCCACCAUCUGGAUCAUCUGUUACUUCUGUGUCUGGAAGGGAGUGAAGUCCACCGGAAAGGUGGUGUACCUGACGGCCACCUUCCCAUAUGUCAUGCUGUUUGUGCUGCUGGUGCGCGGCGCCACCCUGCCCGGAGCGACCCAGGGCAUCAUUUACUACCUCAAGCCCAACCACACCCGCUCCUGGCCAGACCCGCAGGUAUGGAUGGAUGCAGGCACCCAGGUAUUUUUCUCAUAUGGAAUCGGUUUGGGAAGUCUCACAGCCCUCGGCAGCUACAACAAAUACAACAACGACUGCUAUAAGGACUCCUUCCUUCUGUGCCUCCUGAACAGCGCCACCAGUUUCCUGGCGGGCUUCGCCAUCUUCUCGGCGCUGGGCUUCAUGGCUGAAGAGCAGGGCUGUACAUCGCCCACCGUGGUGCAGUCAGGGCCCGGUCUGGCCUUCAUUGCCUUCCCGAGAGCUGUCGCCAUGAUGCCGGUCCCCCAGCUCUGGGCCGUCUGCUUCUUCCUCAUGAUCAUCAUGCUGGGGCUGGACACACAGUUUGUGAGUCUGGAGGCCCUGAUGACGUCGCUGACUGACCUGUACCCUCAUCGGAUCCGCCGAGGCCACCGCAGAGAGCUGGUGCUGCUCUUCGUCCUGCGUCGUCUGCUUCCUGGGGGACUGGUCAUGCGUCACGCCGGUAGGGUGGGUCUGUACGUGUUCCAGAUCUACGACCAAUUCUCCUGCAGUGGAGCCAGCCUGCUGCUUCUCUCCAUCUUCCAGUCUGUCGCCAUCGGCUGGAUCUACGGAGCCGAUCGCUUCAACGCCAACAUCAGGGACAUGACCGGCUACAGCCCGCUGCCCGUCUUCAAGCUGUGCUGGAAAUACUUGACCCCAGCCGUGUGCACUGCUACCUUUGUGUUCUCCCUGGUGAGCUGGUCUCCGUUGAACCUGGGGAAAGGCCUGGUCUCUCCGUCCUGGGCCACUACGCUGGGCUGGCUCCUCACGUUCUCCUCCGUCUCCCUGCUUCCCAUCUGGGCCGUCUACGCCCUGGCCACCACUCCGGGAACCCUGCCGCAGCGCUUCCAACGUCUCUGCAGCCCGGCCGAAGGCCCGUCACCAGCGCUGCUCACCGAGAAGACGAAGGAGUGGAACGCGGACAUCAUCCAGGAUGGUAUGACCCAAUGACGGCCCUCUGGGAGGCCAGGGCGUCUCACUCAGGGAGGAUACGAGUUCGGCCUCAACGGGAGGCC